GGACAUUUUUGGACUUGAAGUUUUAUUUGUACACUUACUUUUCCAUUAUUUGAUGAUAUAACAGAUGAAACUUCCUUAAAUGCUAUUGGUGCCUUUUUGUAACAUUUAUUACACCACCUAGUGCCAGGUCUAUAAUCAAGGCAUGUUUCUCCAGCAAGAUCAAGUAGUUUUUGGUAGCUGACAGGGAUUGUAUAUGGAUGAAGUGAUUUUGAAUGACCCCAUGAAGAUGGACAAGAACAUCUGGAGUUGUUUUCGCGCCUUAUUUUAUCAAAAUGAUAUUGGCAUAUGUAAUUACCACACGGUAAAGCGGUACAUCUUUCGAUUUCCGGUGUUGUUUUUCGAAUAAUACCUCUACAUUGCCGCUCUGACUGCCUAGUAGUUGCAUAAAAGCAUAACAUAUUUGCAGUAGCGAAAAAAAUAUGCCAGAUAGCACUUGCCGGCGCACUCGUCAGCUUGUGCUACUAUGGCGACGACAUUAAUAUGAAGUUCAUAUGCUUUGUUCAUACAAUGUGCAAGCAUAGAUUAUUUUGUGCAAAACAUAUAUUAUAAAACAUGUMUUAAUCUAACUAUGGUUAAGCUCUCAAGACUAAGUAUUGGGUAUUUCGGCUAAGCAUUGGGGUUUUGUAGACAUAUCUUUGCACAAAUGGCUCAUUUCGCUGCAUGGUUCACGAUAAAUAGCAUGUACAUUUCAUCAGUAUUUCUUUACAAAACUUGGAUAUUUUUACAGUUUACAUCUACCAUACAAAAGCGAAUUAAUUGCAAAAAGACAUGAGUCAUAAUUUUAUACCUUGUUUAUUAAAAACCCAUGUUUAUUCCUUGUUUGAAGUUCAAUCUUCAAAGUAAAAAACAUGCGAAAAAAGCGGCCAUUUUGCUUGUUAUUAUCAGUUGCCGCUGUACGCAAUGAUCGAGUUGGCAAAAACGUAUUUCCGCGGUGCCGCAGCCAUGUGAGUGAAUGAAAUAGAUGCAUUUUAUGGUUCAAACUCAAGAAAAUCUCAAYUGUUUUACUGACAGAGAAGUGUACGUACUUUUCAAGAAAAGAUGUAGCUAGGUUUUUGCUCCAUAGGUGUAGCUGAAGGCCAAAUCGAGGUAUUUUCUGAGUAAUUUAGACAGUUCAGAAAUUUGGAAUGAUUUGUCCUACAUCAUGAAUCUGGGCGCAAGCGGCAAGUCGUCUCAUUCUCAGUUGCUUGAAGCGCUAAAAAGGAUGAACUUUAAUAGAGCUACGACUGGACUAUUGUGUUUACAAGAGACUGUCGAUCCCGGAGAGAAUUCACACGACAUUAACGGUGCGGAAAAUACAAACCAUCAAAAGGUUCCAACUGAAUCUGACACAAYAGAGACACCUGCAAAGACAACCGACUCAACUUCUGCAAAGAACAUUCAUUCAAAUUCCACCUCAAACGCUCYUACUCGGGAAUCUYCGGGUAAAUUAGAUUUGGUAGGACAAGUUAAGAAAACAGUUGGACGAAAUAAAGYRAUUGCCAAUAAGUGCAAAGUUUUCGUUGGAAAUGUUGGUUUUAAAGUUAGAAGACGGGAAUUUCGGGAAUUCUUCGGUUAUUUUGGUAAAGUGCUUAGUGCAGAGAUCAUUGAAGACAAAGCCAAGAGAAGAUCACGAGGGUUUGGUUUUGUAACGUUUAGCAAUGAAUGGGAGGCACAGAAAGCAAAAGACUCUACAGACGAUGAACGGAUGUUGAAUGGAAGAGUAAUGACAGUAUCAACUCCAACAAGGAGAAGAAAAGGUGGACGUGAACCUUUUGAGGAGGAGCAAUCUUUAGAGGAUGUCUUAGAAGAAUUCAAACAGUUAUCUUUAAUGCAAGAGACAAAAGAAGAYGUCCAUACUGAAAGUACAAGUAAUAAAACUGAAAAAAGUGUACCCUCGUUUUCCAGCCUAAAUGAWGAUAUCCUUAUUCACAUAUUUACAUUCUUGGGUCUAAAAGAUAAAAUACAAAUAGAACGAGUGUGUAGAAAGUGGAAGUACCUUGUGCUCAAAGCCUGGCCUUCRGUGACUCACUUAGAUUUCAAAGAUAUUUUUUCGCUGUAUAAAGGAGGUCUCACAGAUUAUAUUCUUCUGAAAAUAUUGCAACGUGGAUGCAAAAAUCUUCAAUCUCUUGACUUAUCUGCUUCACCUUUCCUGUUAACUGAUUUUGCUGUCCACUGCAUUGCUAAACAUUGUAAAAGCUUGAAAAGAAUAGACUUAUCAGAAGUUAAAYUGACUACCUCUUCUUUAAAAGUCUUGUCUAAAUCUUGCAAUAAACUAGAGAUUCUUAUUCUAAGACGAAGUGGUGUUGGUGAAAAAGGAUUUUGGUGGGUGUUUAAAGAAUGUAGACAUCUAAAAUACAUUGAUGUAUCAGAUAACAAAAGAUUGACAGGAAAGUGUUUCUUCAUGCUGCCACCAACUGUUGAAACUCUUAUUCUCAGUGAUUGUAGCAGACUAACAGACAGUGGUGCUGCAUUUAUUGGUAAUAUAUGUAAUAACCUUAAGACAAUUGACAUGUCUGGAUGUGCAUCACUUACCAAUGCUGCAUUCACAGCCCUGCUGAACUGCACAAAGGUCGARACUUUCCGUUUCAAAAAUUGCCCUCAAACAGUUAAUGGUGAAGGACUAGAGAUGAUGAUAUCAAGAUUCGCUAACUUGAUGAAGUUGGAUCUUUCUGGUUGUGACGCUGUGAAUGAUAAYUUACUUUUCCACAUUGGGCGCUGCUCUACUAACCUAAAUUCUCUUAAUAUUCAAGAUUGUAGUAUUGGUGAUGUGAGUGAUGCUGGACUACAGUCCCUUGUUACUUGUGAGAAGCUACAAGAACUUAUCAUAAGCUAUAACGAUCAUAUUACAAACGCAAGCAUCAGUCAGUUGGCUUUGAAUGGAACACUGCGAAUAUUCAUUGCUAGGUCAUGUGAUGGAAUGACGGAUGGAGUUGUUGAAAGUCUUCUUACACGCUGUACAAACCUCGCCGAGCUGGAUCUCAGCGGUUGUAUAUACAUAACUGACGCAUCGUUACUUCAUGUGAUUAACUACUACACGUCUCCAGUUGAUAGGUGUUUGUUGACGUUAGUCAUCGGAGGUACAUCGAUAUCUGACGACCGAAUAGAUCAAGCYAUAGAGGAAUGUCAGGGGGUAAAAAUCGUAACGCAUGACUUUUCCACCGAUCAUCCCAAAGCCAGGAAUCAGAGGAUUGCUAUGCCGCAAUUUUUCCUGGAUAGUGACGAGGAAGAUGGCGAUGACGAUGACGACCAGUCACAAAACGAACAUGACUUUGGCGCCGGCGAUGAGUACGAUGAUUUUCUAUUGGCUGAUGACCCAUCAAUGAUGGACGAACAAGAAUGGAUGUUUAAUUAACUUCAAUUCGGUGAUUUUCUUCGUUAUGAAAACAAGUUAAAAAUAUCAACUCAUCAGUAGAUAAGUUAUUCACAAACUCUCAUUACUUGGAUACAUAAGCUAUUAAAUUCUUGUAAAAUAC